AUGGCUGCUGUGUGGAGGUUUGUGCUCACCGUGGUGAUAUUUUCGAUAAACCUUUACGUUAAGCGAUGUGCAUUUGUUAGCUCAGACUGCACUGGACUUUCGUUGAUUGGAGAGGAAGCUAAGGAGACCAAAUAUGGAGAGUCAUUUAUUUGCUCAAGCCUGUGGCAAGCAAGAGAUGGAAAGUUUUUAUUUCGCAUGCGAACGUCGAAGCAAAGAUUUUUUAGCAUUUUAAUCCUUAUGUGUGGCGAUGUGGAGCAAUGUCCCGGGCCUGGAAAUUUUAAAAGGAACAUCUCAGAAUUAACCUCAUUGACUAACAACAAAGGAAUGAAAAUCUUUCACCAAAACGUGAGGGGACUCUUUGGAAACCUUGGACAUGUGUCUGAACUGCUACAAAGUUUUCCAGGCAUUGACAUUUUGUCACUGAGUGAAACACACAUCGAAGCGGGAUUUGAGCAAGAGGAAGCAAUAUACGACGUACCUGGCUACUCUUUCAUAAAUCGUCCAAGGAAGUUUGGAAAAGGUGGAGAAGUUGGAGCGUAUAUCGGUGAUGGUGUAGUUUGGGAUCGACGAUACGAUUCAGAAAAUGAUAACAUCGAAGCAAUCUGGAUUGAGAUUAGGCCAAAACAUUCGAAGAGUUUCCUAGUGGGAAUUAUGUAUCGUCCUCCUGAUAGCUCUAAAUAUCUUAGUAAAGAUUUCAACAACCAUUUGAAUAGCAUGCUUUCUAAAGGGUCUGAAAAAUCACAAGAGAAAAUCCUCAUGGGAGACCUGAAUGUGAACUUUCUAAAGCAGGACAACAAAGAAUUCAAGGCUAUUUUGAGUGUUUUUGGUCUGAAACAAAUGGUUGAAAAACCCACGAGAGUAGCAAAAUCAUCUGAAACUCUGAUAGACGUCAUCUUAACAAAUAACCCGGCAAAUAUGAUACAAACUGAAGUUAUUCCUACCAGCAUCGGUGGUCAUGACAUGGUUGACUGUGCAAGGAAAUUGAAUCACUCUGGUUUCAAGCCAAGGAACAUAGUCUGUCGCGAUUAUAAGAACUAUCGGCCAGAGGAAAUGAAUAAAGAUCUAGAGGCCAUUGACUGGUCUACUUUUUACAUCUGUAGAAAUGUAAACGAAGCAUGGUCCCCAAUGAAAAAUACUUUAGAAAAACUUUUUGAGCGCCAUUCCCCAAAGAUACACAAAAAUGUAAGGAGUAAGCCUGCUCCAUGGCUAAACACUGAAGUCAAAAAACUUAUGAACGACCGCGAUAAACUUCUCCGCAAAUCGAGAAGAACGAGGGCGGAAGUGGACAUUUCUCAUUAUAAACGAAAAAGAAAUGAGGUCAACAUUGCAAUUAGAAAAGCAAAAUCGACAUAUCAUAAAGACCUACUAAGAGAAAACAGUGCCAACCCAAAUAAGUUUUGGAAAGCAAUUAAAUCCAUAUAUCCAACCAAGGCAGCAAAUGCGGGAUCAUCGAUGCACUCCUUUGAUUUACAAGGUGAAAAUACAAACGAUGCGGUUAAGGUGGCCAACGGUUUCUGUACCUUUUUCACAACAAUCGUUACAACUUUACGUGAAAAGGCGAUUCCACUCUGUAACUUUGUUUGGAGACCCCCAAGGCCAGUACGCAAUAGAGCUGAAAAUGAAUUCAAAUUUCGCCCCGUCUCAAAGCUUGAAGUCGAGCGAGAUCUAAAGUCCAUUAAACGUACCAAAUCAACCGGUAUUGACAAUCUGCCCCCAGGUUUGCUGAAGGAUGCUGCAUGCAACUUAUCCGCACCUCUGGCCCACCUAAUUAAUCUCUCCUUGCAGACAGGGACUUUACCAGCAGACUGGAAAGUUGCAAAAGUUGUUCCAGUACACAAAUCCGGUUCAUUUUCCAGCUUCGACAAUUACAGGCCGAUUUCAAUACUUCCGGUUCUGUCUAAAAUCAUCGAAAAGGCCGUACAUUGGCAAGUCAUGGGAUUCCUUGAAGUUAAUAAGUUUCUAUCAAAGUUUCAAUUUGGAUUUAGGCCUAAGUUGUCCACGGAGUCAGCAGCAACUCUCUUAUUUGAUGAAAUUCGGCAACAUGUAGAUGAAGGGAAAGUAGUUGGUGCAACGUUCAUUGACUUAAGUAAGGCAUUUGAUACCAUCAGCCAUUCGAACCUGCUUCAGAAAUUACCUCAGUACGGAAUCUGUGAUGAAGAACUUGGAUGGUUUACAGAUUAUCUUUUUCAUCGAUCAAUGGCUGUUAGCUAUGGUGGCUGUUUGUCUAACAAGCAAGAUAUUCAAACAGGAGUGCCGCAAGGAUCAAUUCUGGGUCCCCUACUUUUCAUAAUAUUUUUCAAUGACAGAACUAAUGUGAUAAAAAGUGCAAAAAUUGUGUAG